CCCAUUCAUUUCCUGAGAACUGCCCUGAGCAGCUGAGAGGAGCUGAGAGGGGAGGGAGUCUCACACACACACACACACACACACACACACACACACUCAUACACACACAGAGAGAGAGAGAGAGACAGACAGAGAGGACUGUAUAAGGAAGACAGUUUCUGUCGCUCUGCAGCUCCUGGUCAGACGCCAUCAAUAACAGGAUGUUAAUGCUAGACGGAAUGCCUGCAGUCCGAGUCAAAGCAGAACCUCUGGAAUCUGAAAGAGGGUCACCCAAAGUGCACGGCUAUCCUGAUAUGGAGACUGUGCCACUCCUGCUCAGCAAAGUGAAGGCAGAACCUCCUGAAGACCUGCUCUCAUCCGACCAAUUCCAGACCCAGACAGAACCCGUAGACCUGUCCAUCAACAAGACGAGGACAUCAUCUCCUUCCUCCAACACCUCACCCAUUACCUCAGCCUUUUCUCCAUCUUCAUCAUCGUCAUCCUCACCUUCCGUCAUCACCUCAGUCUCCUCGGGAAUGUCCUCCGUUUUGACGCCCGGGCCCUUGGUGGGCUCUUCUCAUGGAGUUAGAGGCCAGCAAUUUUUGCACAUCAUCCACCCCGUUCCUCCUUCCAGCCCCAGUAAACUUCCCAGCCAGGUGCACCGUAUCCCGGUGGUGGUGCAGUCGCUACCCCUCAUGUACACCACAGCCGUUCGCUCUCCGUCAACCCUCAACUCCACCAUCAUGUUACCUCUCCUGGACGAGGCCAAGUGCCAGGGCAAAGCACAAACAGACCCCAAUGGCCUGUCGCCAAGACAAAUCAAAAGUGACAGUGAUGAUGACGACCUGCCAAACGUGACCUUGGACAGUGUUAAUGAAACAGGAUCCACGGCGCUGUCUAUAGCACGAGCAGUCCAGGAUUCCAUGUCACCAUUCAGUAUUGAGAGCAUUCGACGGCCGCAGCCCCCAGAAUCUCCAGACUCCAAGAAAAGACGCAUCCACAGGUGUGAUUUUGCAGGCUGUAAUAAAGUUUAUACCAAGAGCUCCCAUUUAAAGGCACACCGGAGGACACACACAGGUGAGAAGCCAUACAAGUGCACCUGGGACGGCUGCACAUGGAAGUUCGCCCGCUCGGACGAGUUGACGCGGCAUUACCGUAAACACACAGGGGUCAAACCCUUUAAGUGCGGGGACUGCGACCGAAGCUUUUCCCGCUCAGACCAUCUGGCUCUGCACCGUCGCAGACACAUGCUGGUUUGAAGCCACCCACUCACUCACUCGCACACACGGGAGAGCUGGAUCUCCCCCAAUGGUGUUCAGCUGGGCUGGACACAGAAACGGCCAUCCCUGCCCCUGAGAGUGAGGAGAAAAGAGCAAGCGGAGGAGGAGGACGAUGCUUUUCCCACAUUUGCAGAGCUAAACAGGGUCCAUUCAGGGAGGGAGGAGCCUCAUCUACAGGCCUAAAAACACUCGGAGUCCAGGAUGUUGAUUGUCUCGUGUCCGUUCAAAGGAUUAUUUCACUCGGACAAACGGUUUGUUUUCUGAUUUUUAAUUUUUUUUCUUUCUGAAUCAUCCGCGUGGUCUGUUUUGACGUGGCUGCUUCUCACUCAACAUCUGCAAUGUAAAGAAACGCAGCGUGGAAAGGCUUUAUGUGUUGUUCUGACAAAUUCAAAAGGGGAGCGUGACCGUGAAUGGUGUGCUUGCACUAUUUUUAACAUUUACCUUUUUGAGGAACAUCAAGAGCCAGAACUAUCUGAGAAGGAUUAAGGGGAUCUUCUAAUGAUAAAGACUUUGAGCCAGUGAUUCCAGAGGUUUCCGAGGUUUCCAUUUACAGGUCAACACACCAGCAAGUGAGAUUACGCAACAAAAUGGUCAUUUGGACACGUAGUAGUCUUCUGUUGAUUUCAAUCCGAAUUGAAUUGACAGACAAAGCAUAUGUGGGCUUCUGCAACCUGCUCUCCACAUUUGUCUUAAUUUGAAAACAUAAUUAGGAAAAUAUGUGUAAAUCUGGAUAAUGAGGGUCUAUUCAGACUGGUAACUCGAGGCAGAAGAGCAAUAUACUUAUUUCCGAGCACCACAGGAGUGAGCUGGCCGCGUUGUUUUCUAUAAUUCAGAUACCUCUUCUAUUUAUAGUGGAUUUCUAGCUCGGGUUGUAGACUUUCACGACUUUCUAGAAUAUGCUGAGGAAAUCUCUUGAAUGUCCUCUGUUUUCUUCUCCUUUUGUGAGAUUGCUUUUGAACUAUGAAGCCUGAUGUCAGUUAUGGUCAGUACAACAGAACUGUUCACUGGUUUUGUUCUUCACUUUGUGUCUUCGCAAACAUCAUUGUAUCCACUUGCUAAUUAUUUUGAUAACACUUCACUUAGUUAAUGCGUUGGGUAACACUGAGCUAACAAUGUACAGCGCCAUUUAGAAGUUUGCCUUUUUUUAUGUUAAUGUCCUUUUUUUAUAUUCACCUGAGCUGCAUUUAUUAGAUCGAAAUUAAUAAUCAGUAUUACGAUUCAAAACAACUGUUAAUUUAAACAACUGCCUAAUUUAAAUACCUAUAUUUACGUAUAAUAUACAUAUUAAUAUAAAAUGAAAUGUAUUCUUAUAAUGGCAAAGCUGAAUUUACAAUAGCCAACUGAUAUUUUUUUGUCCUAAAGAAACUUUUUCUGUUGACAGUUGUGCUUAAUAUUUUUUUUGAUACCUUUUGUUCCAGGACUCUUUAAUAAUUAUAAAGAUAUUUAUUUGAAAUAGAAAUAUUUUGUAACCUUUUAAGAAUUAAUCUGUUCGAUUUAAUGCCUCCUUUCUGUAAACAAAGUGUUAAUUAUUAAAACAAAAACAUGACCCCAAACUUUAGAAUGUACAAGCAUUUUUGAUCGAAGUAAAUGGGAAAUUAUAAGUAUACUGCUUUAAUUAUGAUAUAUUACACUAUUCACCUUUGUUCAUCGUACAGUAAUGUUAGUCAACACUUGAAAUGUUUAAGAGUAGGCUUUUGGUGUACAGUGUAUAGAAAUGAAUAGUAACCCAAGUAAAUAAGAGCUGUGUUGUUCAUGGUUAGGUCACGAUACCUAAUGCAUUAAUACCGUUAACUUUGUGAAGUGUUACUAAUGUACCAAUUUUCCACAUUUUCCACCCACAUACAUUUUAGCAUCGUCCUAGCAUCACAGCAAUUGAACAAUCUCCAAAGUCACCAGUAGAGGGCAGCCAGUGAGCUGGAUUACAAAGGGAUGCCUAACAAGACUCUCUUAGCGUUUUCUUCUUCUUCUUCUUUUUCCACAUUUUCUUCAUGCGUUCUAAUGUUAGACGUUAGAAAGCGAUUCAAAUAUUUACUGAGCCAUAUCUGUUGAUAUUAGAAUCUGUUCUAAUGUUUAUUUAAGAAAUUUCUCCCUAACUACCUGUCUUUCUGUCUGUCCGUCUUGUCAAUUCGGUCAUUUCAUCGCUCUAGAAUUCUACGAGAGAUUUCUUAAAUGAAAGAAAUACAUAUAUAUAUAUAUAGACACACUACAUUAAGACACUCAGAAAAGCAAUAUGCCGCACUUGUGUGAAUACAGCCGAUUCUUUUACAAACUGUACCCAGAUAAAUUCCCUGUGCCGUUCACAUCAAGGUAGAGGUUUUCACUAAGAUGUUCGUUUUCGUUUUUAAAGGAGAGCCGUAAUAAGCUGUCGAAGUCUUCUGUCCCUGUGAUCCAUAUGCACUUUCAAGCGGCCACAGAAAGCCUCGUGACCGCUUUCAGAUGAUUAGAUGUACUAGAACUUACAUUGACUUGGGUCUGCCUGUGCAUGCGGGGGUGAUCAAACACGCUGACUAAAUCUACAAUCAGUCACAGUUGCUGGGGCGCGUAGGGACUUUUCGUCACCAACAAAAGUCGAAUGCUGUGAAAGGAAACGUAUGAACAGAAACCUUCAUUACUUACUGUAGUAACCGUUUGUCCGUUAGAGAUGACCAAUCAGUUUCUAACAUCGUUCGUUUGUUUGUUUGUUUGUUUGUUUGUUUGUUCGUUUGUUCAUUCUGAAGUAUUACGAUGCACCAUGUUUUAUGUUCCUCACUAUGUAUUAGCGUACACACGCGUGUAUCCUGUUGUAUAUGGGCUUGAACAUAACAUGAGCACCUUGUUUUUAUGAAGUAUGGAAGUAAUUAUUUUAAGAUAGACGUGACAUUAAUCACAUAUGUAUCUUAUCAUCAUAUUCUGUAUUUUGAAGCGUGUCUGUAAUGUGAGGCACUUCAUCUGCAUAUGACUAUUUUCUGUACAAAAAAAAAUUACUUUUAAAGAUGUUGUAAUAUAUGUGAAAGUGAAAAGAUAUCGCUCAGUUUUACAGGCUGUAAAUACCUAUUAAAAUAGGGCUUUUUUAAAAAUACAAGGGAUUAUCUUUAUACGUAAUAUGCAGAUUUUUCAGAGACGUUCGUUCAGCUAAUAUAAUAAAAAAUAUCCAACUCUUCAACGUUUGAGAAAAACGAAGACUUGUCAUCUUAAAGGGAUAGUUCAUCCAAAAAAGAAAAAGAAAAAAAAAAAAAAAUCUGUCAUCGUUUACUCACCUUCAUGCUAUUUCAAACCUGUGUGACUUUUUUUCUGAGAAACACAAAGGAAGAUAUUUUGAAGAAUUGUUUUUGACAUUUUUAGGACGAAAACAAGUGCUUUUUUGUGUGAGAGGAAAGAAAGUCAGGUUUAGAAUGACGUGAAGUUGAGUAAACGAUGACAGAACUUUCCAUUUUUGGCUGAAGUGUCCCUGUAAACGCACAUGUAGGGCCGGUUUAAAUCCAACCGGUAGCAGUUGCAUGCAGUUUUUAUGAACAGUCAAAUCAAAUGUUCAGCUCAUUACAGUAUUCGGGCAGUGCUGCCUCAUUUUUAGCAAUUUCGAUGUUUUAUACUGACUCUAAUGUGAAUGAAGCAAAAACAACCCAGUAAAAAGAGCGUUUCCAACACAGUAUUUAAGAAUCACGAGCGACCAAUAUACAAGUACAGACUCCGGCAAGAUUUCAUUUCUUUCGAAACUAAAAAAGAAAGGGUUGUUUUACUCAAUUCUGCAUUGCUUUCCCUCCCCUUUGGCAUUCUUAUGUUUUCUUGUGGCAUAAUUUUGUAAAGGCAAACAGGGUCAAAGUUAUGCAAUAAUGAUGAGUGCCUAGUAUUAAGAUUUUGACGGUUUCCCUGGUUUAAUAACCCAGACAUGACACAAAGAUCCGUUCCUUUGAAAUGCACUGAGCCUUAUGAACCAUUUUAAAGCUGUAAAUAUCCCGGUUGGUGUUUCUUGAACAUUCUUUAUGUGUCUCCUAUGGAAGCUGCAUAAGAUUUAUAUGGUAUUACUCACCUACGGAAGGACACAUCUGCCAUCUGCUUAAUUAACAGGACUCUGGUUUACCUCUAACUUUAUAAAAUCGUGUGAACUUCUCAUGCGUCCCCAGUUAUUGAAAUCGAGCAGUCACAGGAAAUAUUCUGAAUGUUAAGACACUGGUGGUACGGCAUAAUUCCUCCGUGAACAGCAUUUCCCCUCUCGAGUCUCUGUAAAAUAUUGCCUUUGUUUAUGUAUUUACUUUACUUUCUUUGGAAUCAAGUAUUUACUCAAUGGCCUUUGUUUCUUGUUUUGCUGAUACUCUGUAAUUAUCUUUCUUGUAUUUAUGUAUAGUGUGUGUAUUGUAAAUAUAUUCAGAGCUCCCCCUCCCAGACCUUUUUGGUUUUACUGUAAAGUUGUGAUAUUUUACCCUGCUACACUUCAAAGGGUUUCCCUUCCCAUUGGAUCCUGCUGGAAGUUGUCACGUCCGAAUCGUUUCAGAGGUUGAAAGUGUUUCAGCUUUAUUUUGUUUCUUCAGAAGUUGUCUAAAUAUUCUGUGCUUUUUGCUAUUCUCUGUAUUUUCUUUUUUUUUGUUUUCGUUUUUUUCCAGAAGAUUGAGCUGUGAAUUGAAAUUGAGGUUACACAUUAUACUUGUUUGAUAAUCUAAUCGGAGGCAUGGAAGUUAAUAAACUUGCAUUUUGUAUGGAACA